CAUAUGUGUUCAAUAGAUUCAACUAUUCAUUUCUUCCCUUAGCAUAUUCGUUGCAUAUCUGAUCAUAUAAUAAUGUCUAAACACGAAAAUGGCGUCCCGGAAAAUCACCAGCCUUGGCCGGAGUUUAAGUUACCUGAGCUGCUGAGCAGCGACACCUUAAGAGAUCUUCAUGCGGCCAUCGAGAGCGACUGGGAUUUACUCCGGCGGUCGGCCUGCCAGACUGCCGCAGGUAGAGCAUUGUGGAGGCAGGUGAUCCGGGACCCGCUGGCCGAGCUUUUUGCCGGGGAGACGUACCUGAAGAAUAUUUACGAGAAGAUUAAGAAAGAUAAGCUUAACAAUGCCAAGGAAAUUUCUGGGGUGAUUUUAGCUGUUCGGACACUUUGGUUCGAUUCGAAACUCGAGGCGGCUCUGAGCUCCGUCGAUGGUGGAGGAUCUCAGGUUGUUCUGCUAGGUGCAGGAAUGGAUGCAAGAUCGUACCGCCUAAGCUGCUUGAAAGAAAGCAGCGUAUUCGAGGUCGAUUUCCCCGAAGUACUGCAAGCAAAAGCCACCAUUCUAGAAGCAGCAGCAAAUUCGAGCGAGGAGCACCACCACCCAAUCAUGACGGCAAAAUCGCUGACAAGAGUGGCAGCUGACCUGGCAGAAGACGAUUGGCUCGAAAAGCUCCAAACGUCGGGAUUCGAGCCCAAGAAGAGCACAGUCUGGAUAUUGGAAGGAAUCCUGUACUACCUCUCCCACGCGCACGCAGCUGAAGUACUCAACAUCAUUGCAGAGAAAUGCAACCUCACCAAAACAGUGCUCUUGGCUGACUUCAUGAACAAGCAAGCCACCACGUUAUCGAGCUCCACUUUUCGAUUCUACUGUGAUUGGCCGGACCAACUGCUGCCUUCGAUUGGAUUCGCAGAUGUUACUCUUUCGCAGAUUGGAGAUCCCGAUGCGCAUUUUGGGUUGUUACAAGAUCCGAUGAAUUUGUUCAAUAAGUUGAGGAACUUGCCUCGAACAGUACAGAUUCACCCGGAUGACGGGACGCCUUGCGGGCGGCUGUAUUUGUUGCAGGCUUCUGGUUCGCCCAAUCAAACUGCUUCGUGAGGCCAGGUGGCGGAUAGUGCAUAUAUAUGCUAUAUACAUAUCAAACUUCCGGCUUUUUUUUACAUUUUAUAGGCGUUAGGUAUUGUUUCAUGUGACAACACAAUAAUAAAGUUUAUAAUUCCAUUACGAGAUCAAAUAUGAGGGGGAAAAACAUCAGAUACCUUACCUUGGUGUUUUUAGCUGUAAAUAUUCUUUCGGAGUACAUAUAGAAUUCUUUAGGUAGAUUCC